GUAGCUCUGGUUUCACAAUAGGACCCAUCGAUCAGAGCACCACAGAUCGCGUCAUUUAUCAUCGGCUGAAGUGCCCGAUCCCAUACCCGAAGCCAUGAAAUUGCAUUCAGCCAUUCUGUCUAAUGGAGAGGUCGAUAUCGGAGACAUUAAUCUGGCAGAUAUGGACCCCGAGGACAUCAGAUCUGAGUUACGGCGGGUCUACACACAGCUCCAGGUGUUGCGGAAUAAGACGAUGCGAAAGGACAACCCGCACAUCAGUAAGCGCAGGGGUGGCCGCAAAACGCACCGCCGAUUCUCACUGCAGCCCUUCCAUCACAAACAUAAACAACACGAACAAGAGAUGACCGAAAUCUCGCGGACGCCCGAAGAGUCGACGGCGAGUCUGGAGGGCACCACUUCCUGUCAACCGGACGGCCCGUCCGUUGCCGCCCGCUUGGCGUCGGCGACCGCCGUAAUGGCCGACACGGAAGGGAUGGGCAGCGGAUCCGUCAAAGUAUCGCAUAUUAAUCGAAGUCAUUGAAGAAUAUUCUGCGAAGAAUUUUAAUUAAUGAAUAAAUUUUAUUUGUUUUUUUUGUGUUUAUUAUGAAACUUAUUAUGUGUUUAACACAGAAUUUCACACG